AUGGCGACCCAAACCAGACCAUUAUCCUCCCAAGCCCUCAAUGACAACGAAGACGAUGACGGCCUCUGUUCCUCCGAUUUUACCGCCCCGACGACUGAGCAAUCCGAGCAAGGGGCCUUCCAUUUGGGCAGUCCAAACGGUUACUUGACCGGAGAGUCCCGUAUCGAGCGGGCCUGGGUUCACUGGAAGAAGCUGGGCCAGCCCAAACUAAUUGUGGCUCCCAUGGUCGAUAACUCCGAGUUACCCUUCCGUAUGCUUUGCCGAAAGUACGGCGCCCAAGCUGCGUACACUCCCAUGCUUCAUUCCAGAAUCUUCACUGAAACCGAAAAAUAUCGCUCUCAAGAAUUCACCACCUGCAAGGAGGACAGGCCGCUAUUCGUGCAAUUUUGUGCGAAUGAUCCAGAUGUUUUGUUGCAGGCAGCACGGAGGGUGGAGCCUUACUGUGAUUAUGUUGACAUUAAUUUGGGAGACAAGUCUAAAUACAAGGGCUUCGUGUGUGAUACUACAAUCAAUGACAAAAAGCUUAGAGUUGCAGGUGUCAAUUUCAAUGGCUACAAUUUUGAUGGCAAACCGCUGAACCUGAAAAGUUUCAUAGAAGAUCUUAAAGAUUUGAUCGUAUUCCAUGUAAACACCAACAACUUUACAGGCCAAGUCCCCUUGGGAAUCUCCAAGGUCCCGUCUUUAUAUGAACUCGAUUUGAGUAACAAUGAGCUCAUUGGAGAGUUCCCAAAAGCAAUACUUGCUGCUACGAACCUGACAUUCUUGGAUGUUAGGUUUAACAAGCUCACAGGAAAUCUUCCACCUCAGGUAUUCACAUUAGACCUCGAUGUUCUCUACCUCAACAACAAUGCAUUUGUCGGGAAUAUACCAGAAAACCUAGGCAAAACUACCGCGCUCUAUCUCACCUUAGCGAACAACUACUUCACCGGGCCAAUCCCAAAAAGCAUCGGCCAAACUUCCAACACAUUGCUUGAAGUACUACUGCUAAACAACCAGCUCUCCGGUUGCCUUCCAUAUGAGAUCGGAUUGUUGAAAAAAGCCACUAUUUUUGAUGCCAGCAUGAACCAUUUAACAGGCCCAAUACCACACUCCUUCGGAUGCCUGGAAAAACUGAAAAUACUGAACAUUUCCUAUAACGAGUUUUACGGGGCGGUACCAGAAACUUUGUGCAAACUCAGCAACCUCCGAGAACUGACCUUGAAAUUCAACUACUUCACACAAGUUGGACCAGAAUGCAGGAAGUUGAUCAAGAAGAAUGUACUUGAUAUAAGCAUGAAUUGCAUUUUAGAUCUUCCAUCACAGAAGAGUCAAGCGGAAUGCGCAAAGUUCUUUUCGAAGCAACAUUCUUGCCCGGAUCAGAAGUCAUUGAAUUAUGUGCCCUGCAAAAACCAGUAUUCUGCUUCCUUGAAAAAACCAGCAGCUCACGGGCAUCAUUCAAGGACUCAUUCGCGUUCUUAUGCUGCUCUUCAUAAGCAUCAUGCUUGA